AUGGACUCACACCUGUCCUUCAGCGAGAAGGGCGCCGCAGCCCCAGCGUCCAACGCCUCGAUGACAACCCUGACGCAGACGGUGUCCGCAUCCUCCCAGCAGGCCAACAUAGAGUCUCUGCCCGCCUACGUGAUCGAAUGGAGCCCGCAGCAGCGCAGGGUGCGUUUCCUCCGGACGACGGAGGACCUCAAGACGGAGCUAAAUCCGGAGAAUUGCGAGCGCCUCAACGACUCGCUCAAGCGCCUGUUCGUGGUCCACGGCAGCCCGCAGCAGUACGUGAGCCUGCUGCAGCGGGCACUAUUCAUCGACCCACUGUUCAUCAAGGCGCAUGCCCAGCGGCGCCGGUACUCGCCCGUGCAUCGGCGGCCCGGUGACCGCUGGGCGUGCUUCGAGUACCCUGAGCUGUGCUCGUAUGGGAAGACCGGUGGUCAGACCGAUGAGAAGGCGGCUGCCGCACUGGCUGAUUUGCCUGCAUAUCCACUCUCGGAUAAGAGUGCCGAUGCGGUGAUGUUCUGCCGGGCAUCGCUGUGGCUGAACGGCGAGAAUGACGGCGUACUCUUUCUCGAGGACCCACCAUGGGCGGGAGCAUCACCUCUCAUGCGCAAACAAACAACAAUGGUCGCCCUGCACGCAGCAGCCACCGAUAACACAGGCAGCCGAGACGACGAGAGCGUCGACGAGCACCUCGCCAGCCUAGAGAUCAUCCUGCAGGAGGCCCUCCGGGACCCAGAGCACAUGCGGCAUGGCAUCCGGGCGCUGCUAUCAGAGCUGGUCUAUACGCACUGGCUGACCUUCUUCGAGUCACCCCUCAUCGACCCGGAGGCGCACCCGGCGCACAUCCUCUCGCUGGCGUGGCGCGUGCAGCUGGCGGUCGAGCACAACCUCAACAUCACGCGGUACCUCCGGCGCUGGGGCAUGGAGAUGCCCAUCACGGCCAUCGAGUGGGAAGGGCUGCUGGACCGCAACGGGCGGCGCGUCGACCUCGCCACCGUUGCGGCCGGCGGGGCGAGCGCCAUCGCCGAGGAGUUCCGUGCCAUCCAGGCGGGCAACAACCCGAAGAGGACGCUUGCGCCCGGCGAGAAGGACGAGAACUCGCGGGGCCUUGACAGGAUCUCGUACCUAGGUGGUAUCCUGCUGCCGUUUACCAUCGUGCCGUCGAUCUUGUCUAUGAGCGACCCCUUUGGCCCGACGGGUGGGUUGUUCUGGGUGUUCUGGGUCGUAUGCGCGCCGUUGACUGUUAUCACGCUGCUUUUCAUCUACGCCGACUCGAUUCGCAAGGCUACCGUCUGGAUCGAGGUCGCUGCCGAUGAGGCCAAGGUGGAGGAGCAGGCGGGCCAGUCGGUCGGGGUGGUCGAAGACGAUGGCACUGUGGAGCCGAAGCCGCUGCUUGGUAGCAAGAUGGACCACCCGGAUGAUGUGAUGGAGGAGGGUGUUGAGACGUUCCCUACGGUUGUCAUCCAGAGGCCUCAGGAUGGCCGGCCGCCGAGGGCAUACAAGAGACAGGAGCUGGGCUGGACUGGUGCCAUGAAGAGCAUGGUUGGAUAUGGGUAUAAUGAUCGUUUAUCAGAGCCAGCCCCUAUGGAAAAAUCCAAGCAGCAGUCCGUCUACCAGUUUGCUUUCUGCGCACGUGUAUCUUCUAUCAAGCGGCUCAACUCCAUCAUAUCCAAUCAACGCCCAUGUAUCUGA